UUCCAUUCCGUUAAAGAUUAUAAAGAAGAAGAAACGCGUCGCGCAUCAGAGAAAGAAGCUGAUUCUCUGAUUUUAUUAAAGUGAUAAAAAAAUGGCUCUGUGCUGAAGAUACAGGCUUCACGAUGUGGUUGUGUAAAGUUUCUGGAUUAUCACGAGCUUAUUUUGAGUCGGGGUUCAGGCCAAUAAACACAAGAUUACUUCUAUCUCUGUGAACCUGACAGAUCUGAACUAAGUGUGUUUUAGAGCUGAAUAAACAGAUAAAAACAGAGCCACUGCUGUAGAGAUGGAGCUUGUUAAAGAGGAGAGAGAAGACUGUGUGGAGAAAGAUGAAGAAACUGAGGAACAGAGAGAGAAACGUCAGGAGGGCGUAAGAAACGCAGAACGGUCCCUCAGUCGCUCAGAAAGGAGACAGAAACCCUCGCAAGAAGCCGCUAACUCCUUCGUCUGCCCCGAGUGCGGCAAGAGCUUCACACACAAAGGACACUUCAACGAACACGUGAAGAUCCACUCCGGAGUCAAGCCCUUCAGCUGCCCUCACUGCCAGAAGAGCUUCACCUGUAGGGGACACCUGAAGCGGCACGUCCGCGUCCACACCGGAGAGCGUCCGUACGCCUGCGCUCAGUGCGGCAAGAGCUUCAAGUGCGCCACCAACCUCAAAGACCACCGGCGCUCGCACUCGGGAGAGCGGGCCUUCGCCUGCCAGCAGUGCGGCAAGAACUUCAUCCUGGCCUCCAACCUGAAGGCGCACCUGAAGAUCCACACGGACGAGAGGCCCUACGUGUGCGCCGUCUGCGGGAAGGGCUUCCUGCGCCUGGGCUGCUUCAACGAUCACCAGAAGAUCCACACGGGCGAGCGGGCGCACAUGUGCUUCGAGUGCGGGGACACCUUCACCAGGUCCAGCGCUCUGAAGCAGCACCAGAAGACCCACAGCGGAGAGAAGCUCCACGGCUGCCCUCGCUGCGGGAAGAGCUUCACUCACUCGGGAGCGCUCCGGAGACACGAGCGGGUGCACACCGGAGAGAGGCCCUACCCGUGCGGCGCCUGCGGGAGGAGGUUCACUCAGUCCAGCGACCUGCAGAACCACAGGAAGAAGCCCUGUCCCACGAUGCCUCGCUCCGAGCGGAGCUCCAGGCCAGAUGCGGACACCUCCUCCUGUCUGAUAGGGAGCUCGCCGCGCCUCUUUAAAGGGACCCUAUCGUGGGUUUAUGACCUUAACGCUGCUCCGAGGGAACGACAAGUGUCUCGAAAGAAAGAGUCGACUCCGAAUCACUGAAACGAGUCGUUUUUGAAAACGAAUCCCGCUUGAUCUUCUCGGGUGGGUCUGAGUGAAAGUGCACGUUCGUUCUCGUCUCUUUAGGAGCGGUGAAAUAUCCGUUUCCACGGUAACGCUGUCGAUCCAGCCGACCAAUCACAGCGGAGGAAGGGUUUGGGAGUCGUUGAGCGAGUGAGGUGAAAAUAAUGACAUGUUAAGAGACAAUGAAACGCUUUUGAGUGAGUCUAGAGAAUAAAGUCAUAUUUCAGCGUAUGAAAAAUAAUCAUCAAAACGAACCGCACAUGAAUGAGAACCGUUAGCGAGGAAAUAUUAAUAUUACUGAACAUGACUUUCAUCCGAUACUGAAACGACUGAUGUGUUCAUUGAAUGGUUCACUCAAGAGAUGUUCGAUUCAUUAACAAACUAAGUACUAAGUCUUCAUGCGUGAGCCUCAUUAAAAAAUCAUUGAACUACUUAUUAAGUAGAUCUUUCUUUGAAUAGACAGCAACCACAAGCAUUUUGUCACGAUCUCAGUGAAAUGUUUAGUCUGUGUUGUGAUCGUACAGCUCGGUCUCAGUAGUGUGUUAUCAGCGCUUCACUUCCUGUCCUCGGACUCCACCAAUCAUUCAGGACUCCUACAGUCCAGCUGUUCUGGGGUUCUCUCUGUGUGUGUGAUCUCUCACACACACACACACAGACACACACACACACACACACACACACACACACACACACACACACACAGACACAGACACACACACACACACACACACACACACACACACACACAGACACACAGAGACAGUACAGAUUACAGGCCCCAUCCAGAAUUAAAGAUCUACACCAGUCCUCGGCUGCAUGUGAGUUAUUUAACAAACUUUAAAUAAAGGGUUUAUCAGUGCAUCAAAACAAAUGAAAUGUAUCUCAAUUCUGUAUGAAACUAAUCUUUGUUUUAGGAACUUCUACGCCGGACCUGUUUUCCGUUCAUUUAUAGAUGAUCUCACUGAUUUGACACGGUCCUGGGUUAUUGUGUUAUUUAGGGCUAGGCUGUUAUCACAGAUAUUUAUAUCAUCAUUUUGUUAAUUAAUUUUUUUGGCUUAAUUUGUCAAUCUGAUCUCAGAGUUUGAUACCAGUGUGAAAAAAAUGUUUCUAUGACACAAUAUAUUCCUCAGAAAGAUAGUCUAAUAUUUAAAAAUAAAUACUUCAAACAAUCUUUAUUGAUCUACUCAUUAGAUCUGAAUUGAAGAAAUAUUAAAGCAGCAUCAUUGAGAGAGAGCCAGUGUCUUCAGAACAAACAUCACCGUGAGAUCCUCAGGUUCAUCUGGAUGAAGAUCUCUUUCUCCUUCUGCUCACUACUUCACUUGGUGUAUUUUUCUUGUAUCUUGUAUUUAUGUAUUGAGGCUUGUAUCAGUUGUGAUUAUAUUUUCUUGCCUGAGUUGAUCUGCUGAGUGGUUUUAUCUUCAGCAGCCCGUCCUGGUUAUGAAGUCUCUGAUUGGGUUAUAUUGUAGGAUUAUUUUAGAAUAGGGACCAACUAUUGCUUAAUAUCAUGCCUAUUAUUAACAUACUGGUUUAUAAAGCACUUAUUCUGCAUGACCAUAUUCUUCAUCCACAACCCAAUACCUAAACUUAAAUAUUAAUAAACAGCAGGCUAUGAGUUUGUUGAGAUAAAA